AUGCCACCAAAAUCCCAUGCCAUUGAAGCGGACGUCGAUCCCUCGACGCUGGUUCAGAAAGAACCUAAGCGCAAAUGGGUCAGCUAUAUCUGGGAUACUUUUGACAAGUCUCCCGAGGAGCGUCGAUUGAUGUUUAAGUUGGAUUCGGCUAUUUUGACAUUUGCGUCGUUGGGUUAUUUUAUCAAGUAUCUUGAUCAGAUCAAUAUUAACAAUGCGUUUGUUUCUGGGAUGAAGGAAGAUCUGGGCAUGUACGGAAAUGAGCUCAACUAUAUGCAGACAUGUUGGACCAUCGGUUACGUGAUUGGGGAGAUUCCUAGCAAUCUAUUGUUGACUCGCAUCAAGCCGCGAUACUGGAUUCCAGCUAUGGAGCUUCUAUGGACCGUCCUCACGAUGUCACUUUCUCGGUGCAACAGCCCAACUCAGUUUUACGUUCUACGAUUCUUCGUCGGUCUUGCUGAGAGUACAUUCUAUCCUGGAAUGCAAUAUAUUAUUGGCUCGUGGUACAGAAAAGAUGAAUUAGCAAAACGAUCUUGUAUCUUCCACACCAGCAGUGGAAUUGCCACUAUGUUCUCUGGAUAUCUCAUGGAUGCAGUCUACAAUCUUGGGGGACGAGGAGGCUUCAAGGGCUGGCAAUGGCUUUUUAUCAUCGACGGAGUUAUCUCCUUGCCAGUUGCCAUCUGUGGUUUCUUUAUUCUUCCUGACGUGCCCGAGAUUUCUAGCCCGUGGUAUCUGAGCCAAGAGGAGGUGAAGUUGGCCCAGAAACGAAUGAAACUAGAAGGAAGAAAGGACAGAGAGCCAUUCACAAAGUCAAAGUUGAAGAAGAUCUUCACUUCGUGGCACAUCUAUCUUCUAACGAUCCUUUACAUAUGUUUCAACAAUGGCGCAGCUGGAAGUCAGCCCAUCUUCCAACAAUACCUUAAGAACUCCACGGACCCGGUAUACUCAGUCAGCCAAAUCAACUCCAUUCCGACAACGACCCCUGCGGUCCAAGUUGUGACGACUCUCGCGUAUGCCUGGAUAUCAGACAGUGUACUAAACGGCAGUCGCUGGCCACCGAUCAUCUUCGGAGCUUGCAUCAACAUAAUAAGCUACAUAUCCCUCGCAGUAUGGGAUAUUCCGACAGGAUGGAAAUGGACAUGCUACAUCAUCAGCGGAGCCGGAUACGGCCUGAGUGGCCUAUUGAUGGCCUGGGCUCAUGAAAUCUGUUCCGAAGAUAAUGAGGAACGAUCCCUUGUUAUUGGAAGUAUGAAUGAGAUGGCUUAUGUCUUCCAGGCUUGGUUGCCCCUUGUUGUUUGGCAGCAGGUUGAUGCGCCUGAGUAUCGGAAGGGCUUUAUUGCUGUUACUAUUCUUUCUGUUUUGUUGAUUGUUACUACUUUAGUGAUCAGAUUUUUGCAUCAGAAGGAAAGGUUGGAGAAGAGGAAUCAAACCCAUGAAGCCGAGGAGACGGAAGAUGGCUCGUCGGAUUCUGGAGGAGUAACUCCCCUUGAUGCAAAGGCUAUCAAGGCUUGA